GUUACACGCGUCAUUGGAUAGAUUAUCUCCACCAAACAAAGUGUCUGCCACUUACGUUCGGGCCCAUGUGCAACUCUCUCCGCGGCUCCGCUCCUUUUUUGUGCGCGCGUGUGUGUGUGUGUGUGUAUCGGAAGCACAGCAUCACCGUCACUUUCACCAGCGAUGCCACUGCACUGACAGCACCCAGCCAGAGCGCUACGUCCACAGCUGCUGCUCCAACCUCGGCCACAUCCUCCUCCUGCACCCGUCCCCUCCCCCUGCAAAAAAAAAUAAAGAGCAGAACGAGAGACCUAUUUUAAAACAACCCGCGACGUUUUUUUCUGAUACCGUAACGGUGCGAUUUGAUGCUUACCGAUGAAUGGUUUCGCCAGCAUUCUGCCAAAAUAACACACCGAACUGGUAGUAACACAGAACGACUGCCGACGAUGGAAGAUCCACAUGCUCACAGGGAGAGCGAUGCCAGCAGGGCGGUCCAGCAGUGUCUCACCGACAUUUUCACCAGCGUGUAUACAACCUGUGACAUUCCGGAAAAUUCCAUCUUUGGGCCCUGCGUUCUGAGCCACACGUCCCUAUAUGACAGCAUCGCUUUCAUUGCUCUGAAGGCAGCCGACAAAAGGACAGUGCCCUAUAUCUUUAGGGUGGAUACAUCAUCGGCAAACAGCUCCUCAGAGGGUUCAAUGUGGCUCAGGCUGGUCCAACCGGCCAGGGAUAAAGAAGAACAGAAUCUUGAAGCAUAUGUGAAGAACGGUCAGUUGUUUUACCGGUCUCUGAGGCGGAUUGACAAAGACGAAGAACUACUUGUGUGGUAUGGAAAGGAACUGUUGGAGCUACUCCUCCUCAGCAACGGCAGACCACAGGCGAAAAUGAAUGGAUCGUCUGCAUACACAUGCCUGGACUGCAGCCAGCGGUUUCAAUGCGAAUAUCCCUUUCUAGCCCAUUUGAGAUUCCGCUGCCAGAAGCGAAUGGGCUGCAUUGCCUCGGACGAGAACAUCAAAAGUGGUGGAGACCGUGACCACAUCGCUAUUGUGGUGCCGAGUGUGAAAUUCAGCCGAUCGGAGCGACAAUCAGCCUUUUCCAAUGUGGAAAACAACAAGCCCACCACAGAUUUCCACAAUCUCGCCAGGGACAUGGAGAAUCCAAGAGAUAAUACCAGGAACCAUCGGGAAAAUGAAGGCGUAAAUGAAAAUAAAAGAAAGUACGAUGAAGUGGAAAAGAAUGAUAAUGCAGCGCACAGUGCAAAAAUGGCAGAUAGAUCGCCGCCCACUCCAAGAGAAAAGCUUCCCUGCCCUUCCCAGCAGUUCAGAGGGAAUUUCAGUCUGAGAGAAAAUGGAAGGUUGAUGUCCAGCCCAGACUCUACAGGUGCCAAACAGAGUGCAUUCAAUGAAGUGAAGAGAACUUCACUUAAACAGACUCCAAAGGACCACACUGCCGAUACAGCCAACAAGAACGGCACAGCGGCGAAUAGCAGCCCUUCGGAGAAAGCGAUGGACAUUAAGUCUGUCCUGACUGAAACACAGGUCCCUUCUUGUCUGGACAAUAUUGCCAUGGGGAGCGCGUUUAGGAGCGUCUCUCAGCUCUGUGGAACAGAGGAGAGGAAGAGCGCCUUCUCUCAGCCAACCAGAUCGUUUAGUCAGUUGCCUCCACUCUUGGUAUCUCAGAAGGUGAUUCCUGGUUUAGAGUGUCAUCCAAGCGUUGGCGAGUCUGGUAGGUUUUAUCAGGCGAACGCCUUGGCUGCAAAGCUCCAAAGUGCAGACAUUAACGGCAGUUGUAAUAUACAAGGAGGUCUCCCGAAACAAAGUCCUUUCAUAUAUGCCACCGCCUACUGGCCAAAGACUACUGGGCCCAUUCAGCUGCAAGUUCCAUCUGCACUUACCCUGCUUCCACCUUCAUUCACGUCCUUUUGUUUACCAGCUCAAAACUGGUGUGCUAAAUGUAACGCCUCUUUCAGAAUGACAUCCGAUUUAGUGUACCACAUGAGAUCUCAUCACAAAAAAGAAUAUGCCAUGGAACCUUUAGUGAAAAGACGAAGAGAGGAAAAGCUUAAAUGUCCUAUUUGCAACGAAUCCUUCAGGGAACGCCAUCAUCUUUCCCGGCACAUGACAUCUCAUAACUGAACUCUGUGUUCGACUGUGUUACAAACUUAAAAUACAGACAAACUAAGGGAAUGGGGCGAUUGCGAUGACACCCUAUCACUUUACAUUUAACAUUUUGUAAUUGCAAACGGCAGUAAAACAAAUACAAUUUGUCGUAAGUUUAUUUCUGUUUAAAUACUUUAGGCGCUUAUGGUAGCUUGGCAGAGGAAUAUAUGAUAUCAUAUUUAAGGACAAUUUUAUUUUAGAUAAAUAAAAAAGGUAAAAGAAUGGAUUUUGCUUUAUUGACUUCAUUACCUAUUUCAGUCACCAUUAAACAUGUGAGCAGUUUGUCCGCAGGAAAUGCAAAACGGAAAGCAGGAAAGAUGCAUGUAAAACGCGUAAAAUAAUGACCACCAAAUACAGGUGGGACAGCGCGGAAUAUAAAUGUUUGUAAAUAUUUCCGUUUUGAAAAGACCAACAAAUGUACUAUUUUGUGCCAGUGUAAAAAAGUCUUAAUAGUUAUUGUGUUCUUCGAUCUUGGCGAAAUCUAUGAAUCUUGAUAGUCUAUCUGGUCAUUUUGGCUGGCGUCAACAAUAAAUAGCUUUAUUUUUACUUGA